AUUUUCAGUUUUUACCCAGUGCACCUCACACGUCAUUAACGUCGAAUUUACCAUUUUGAGAAUAAAACAAGAGGCAAAAAUAUGAAAAUUCUGCUGAUGGUUUUUCUAAUUGCUGUGGCACUGGUGGCUACCGUCAACAGUCAAGGCUACGGCCGCCGGGGAUACGGCGGUAACGGCUAUGGACGGUACGAUGGAUACGACGGGAAUGAAUAUGGACGGGGUAACGGAUAUGGUUAUGGACGAGGUAAUGGAUACGAUUAUGGACGGGGUAAUCCAUACGGUGGAAAUGGCUACGGAGAUGGCUACGGAGUUCCCGGUGUUGGAAGUCCCAGUUUCACUCUCAUGCUCUGAAUCCCUGAUACGAAAUAAAAAAUGGCCGACAGUGAGCCGACCCUCGGCCACUGUUGGCCGACCCUCGGCCAAUAUCAUUGCCCAGGGAGCUAAAAAAAUCCUAUUGUGAACCAGAAAUCGCUCGACUAAGUAAAAACCUACGAUUUUGCAACUUGUGUUCUCUUCAUUUCUAUUUUCCACUCAAAAUCAUUUGACGAUUGUUUUCAAUAAUUUUUGCGAUCUCUCGAAGUUUGCAAAAUGAGCCGAUUCCGUGCUAUUGAUUGAUCACGUACUGACAGCUGUCAUUAUCGGUGGCGGCCAUUACACGCAAGUGAUUCCAUGAAUUCCUCACUUAAAAUGUAAUUGCGUCUGAAGGGGAGGGGAUAAUGACCAGGAAAUCCUAAUGAUCGAUUAUCGACGAUGUAAUUGAUCGAGAAUUUGAUAACUCCAUGACAGUCUCUCGUCGAUUGAUAUAAAAGACGAGCGACUCCUGGGAGGGUUCGUACUCGCUCCAGGGAAAUUCAGGGAAAAUGUUUUUCUUGUGGAAAAUUUUUGUAGUUCUGGCAGCUCUCGUUGUUGCUGGACAGAGUCAAGGUAUGGGAUACGACAUGGGAUUUGGAGGAAAUGGCGUGAGAAUGAAUGGAUAUGGGAGCGGAGGUGGCCGGAUGCGAUAUCCACUUGCAGGGGGCAGAGGGGGAUCGAUGAGAGUUGGCAAAUGAUCAGGUGCUUCAGCUGUCCUUUCGACCAAUAGAAAACCCGGAUUUCGAUGUGAACUACCAGAGGAUAAUCGAUUAAACAAUAAUAUCAAUCGCAUGACUAUGAGUUCGUACUAAUAAAUUUAAAAAAUAAAAAAUGAGGAACAAAAAA